AGGUCAUUCCAUAUUAGCUUCAAUGUUGUUUUCAGGCGGUACCGCACAGAAAAUUUACAAUUGAUUUUCUGAAGAAAUAUAAUCGAUGUGUAUAUUGUUUAAUGACAAAUUCAAAAAGACUGAAUGUAUUGCGCAUGCGCAAUUACACGAAGAGGUCGGAACUGAUGCUGAUAUCUGGCGAUCCCCUCAUAUUAAGUUCGUUUGUAUUUUUAUAAAAUACAAUGGCUAACAGAGAACAGGCUUUGCUCUUAGAACCAGCUGGAGAAUUACGUUUUAAGGGGCCUUUUACUGAUGUAGUGACAGCAGAUUUAAACUUAACCAACCCAACAGACAAAAGAAUAUGUUUCAAAGUAAAAACAACGGCUCCAAAGCGCUAUUGUGUGAGACCAAACAGUGGUAUUCUGGAACCUAAAAAAUCAAUUGUUGUUGCAGUAAUGCUGCAGCCCUUUGAUUAUGACCCAACUGAGAAAAACAAGCAUAAAUUUAUGGUUCAGUCAAUGUUUGCACCUGACAAUGUAGUUGAUAAUCACGAAGUAUUGUGGAAAGAUGCACCCCCUGAGAGCCUUAUGGAUACUAAACUAAAAUGUGUUUUUGAAUUACCUGAUGGGGUGCAACAGCAGACUAUGACCUCAGAAAGUAGUAAAACAGUUGAUACAGUUGCACAUUAUUCUGAGAGUACUUUAGAAGACACUGCAAGAAAAGCUGAGUCACCCAAGAGGACAGCUUCAUCCACAAGUAAUGAUGAAUUGAAAAAACUUCAGCAUGACUAUAAGAAAGCCCAAGCUGAAAUUCAGUCACUAAAAACUGAAAAUGAACAGUUAAAGAAUGAAGGCUUGCGUCUACGUAAAGUCGCUAUGUCAGAAUCUAUAAUGUCUACUCCUUCACAUCCUACUCCUGCAUCAAGUUCUACUGUUCGAGCUUUUCCCCCAGUGGUGUACAUUGUUGUUGCGAUUCUUUUGGGCCUAAUUGCUGGAAAAUUUUUACUUUGACAUGCAGGGUCAGACAAUUCUUUUCUCUUUCCUUUAUUUUUCUUUAACCCCUUGAGUAUCUGUGAAAAAUGCAAGAGUAUGACCAGUUGUAGGUGUCUAAUGACCUAGUUAAAAUCAGCUUCUGUAUUGUGAUCUGUACAAACAUGAUAAUAAUUACACAAAUUUGAUUUUUGUUUAGACUGAUUAGUAUUGUGUAUGUAUAAGCCAAUUUCUUACAGUGAGCUUUUAUUUUCCCAAAAAUCAGUUGGUGUUUUUUGUUUUGUUUUAGUAUACACAAAAAAAGAGAAUAUGAUGUUAAAACUUUUUGCUUAGAACAAUAGUGUACAAACAUUAAAGCUGAUUAGCUGAAGUAUUAUCAAUAUAAAAUUUGGGAGUUUUAUCGUGAAGUAAGCCUAAAACUAUUUGGCAGUUGUACUUUUAGUUCUAUAUAGGUAGAGUUGGUUUUUUUUUGUGAUAAUUGUUUCGUACAUAUGCUAUCAAUGAUUCAUUAAUCAGUCUUUUAAGUUAAUGAUGAAAGAUGAAGUAGACAGCCAGGAAUUUAAAAGAUUUCAUGUUAUUAAAGAUUUUUUAAAUACAAUUUCUUCUUGAGACAAGAAUUCUGACAUUGAAUGCAUAGUUUAUCUUUUACAAUUCACUUUCUAUUCUUGUUCUUAGCUUUUUAAAUCUUUGUCUGCACCUUGAAUAAAUUAACACGCUUUUAUUUGCAUUAUUUUUAUAGCAUACAGCUUUGAAUUUUCUUCAUACAUUUUGCAAUUAUCUUAUAAGAAAUGUUGAACGGCUAAUGUUUUAGACCCAGAAGUGGUGGAAAUGGGCUGCUUAGAUUUGUUCUGACCAUGGCUAUUCAAUCAGCUUACAACAUUUUGUAAUAUUAUUUUUCUAUUUCUAACAGGCAAAUACUUGAUGUCAUAGUGCAUGCAGUAGGGCCUCAUUCCCAAUGGCAAUUAGAACCUAAAGACUGGUUCAUACAAAUAUCACCUGUGAAGAAUUUUUUUGUUUUCACUGAAUGAAUCUUAAGUCUGCUAGAGUUCACUGUAAUAAUUAGUUGUUCUAACAAACACCUAUAGUAAUAACUGUUGCAUUUAGUAAUAAUUUUUUCUUUAAAAAAAAAUACAAUCUUCCUAAUAAAACCAUAUUGUAUUGUUGAUAGGCUUUUAUUUAUAGGUUACUCAAUCAUUUUAAUUUUGGUUAAAAAAUCUAAGACAAUUUGGAUUAUCUUGUUACAUUAAAGUAUUUACUGUUGUGGUUGUAGGGCAAUUGGUACUUGAGGCCACACUGUAUUCAUUUUUUCAACCAUUGCUAAUGAUAACUAGUUAUUACUAAAAAAUAGAUUCCCCACUGUUUUCUGCACUUCUUGUUGUUAAAAUGAAAAUGUGUACAUAUAAAUUAUUUGCUGGUAAGAUACAUUUGUUGUAUAAUUUAUUUUUUUAAGACACCUUGUGAGCUCCAAAUGUUCUCUUGGGCACUAGCUUGCAUUGAAUUUAGAAUAAGAAUCCAGUUUAAGAGUACCUAUACUUGUGUAUGUUCCAUCUCUUAACAAUGCUGAGAUUUUAAAAAGUACUAAACAAGAUUUUCAGGUGUGCAUGCAAAUUGUUUCACCCCUGGUGAUACACAGUGCUGUACAUGCUGUUAAAUUUUUAAAAUAUUCUAGUUUGUUUAUCGGAGAGGCCAUUCUUUACCAUAAGUUUCUGUCAGUUGUCAUUAGUUAACAAGUGCAAUCAUGACUAGGAUGUUGAACUAUGCAAGAACUUGUAUCAGUGGAUGUAUGAAGUCUAAUGAAAUUGUUAUCCACAGGCACUAUUUAGGGGUGGGUAUACUAUAAGCAAGUCUAGUAAUUUAGUAGAUUUAAAAAAAUUAUGUGUGUGCUAAGGUAUGUACAAUUUAAUCCUCUUUAAUUCAUUUGUAGAAUAUCUUAUUACAGCAUUUAUACAUUUCCUGACUAAUGAGCCUAUUAAAUUUAUGUAUUAUCCUUCAGUUUGCAUGAACACAUGGUUGUUUUUUUAUAUGUUGUGGUGUGUUCUUUUCAAAUGUGGCAAAGGAAUAAUAAUUUGUUAAAUAAGUUAGUUUUAGUUUUAUUUUUUAAUUUAUGGGCUUUUAUAGAUAAGUGCAUCAAUACAUUUACAUUACUUUGUCAAAAAUUACUAACAGCUAUUAUCACAAGACUUUAUAGUCAUCAAAAUAGAAUUUUGUUGAGUUUUGUUAAAUAUAUUCUUGUGUAGUUAAGCAACUGAAAUGUUUGUUUUUGUGAAAACUUGUGCAAAGAAAUAGAUGGAAAUCUUCAGAUAUGCUGUGAAAAGUUGGCCAUAUUGCUUUUUCACAGUAGUGUAUGAUUCUAUGAAUAAAGGUUGCUGGUUUGUGAAUUAAAUGAAAGACAAGACACUUUUUGAACUGUGGUUGGCAUAAUCAUUUUGAUAUGAAUGCAGAGUACUAGGCCUGUACAUUGUGCUUGGAACAUAGGAUGUGACCUAGGGAAUAACCCCCAAUAUUUCCUUGCCCCUGUGAUUUUUAAUCUUCUUGUUGUAAGUUUAUAAGAUCAUUUUAUUUCAUCCCUUUAACAUUUUCUUUCUCAGAGGCAUUUAGAUAAUUGUUUUU